AUGAAAAGCGCCACCCCGAAGACGUUUCAAGCGCAUUAUCAGCGGAUCCAUUAUACUUCUUCUCAACGGACCAAAGGUGCCAAAAAGGGGGUUGUGAAAACCUAUCAGGUUCCUGGUUUCAAUGGCUACCACGUUGAGUGCGACGACGCGACUCUCGACAAUAUUCGUAAUGAUCCUCUGGUUUCAUACGUUGCUCGAGAUGGCCGUGUGACUGCUCAAGCAGCUAUCUCUCGCAAUGCUCCUAGAUCAGACCCCCAGACUGAUACCUGGGGUUUGGGUCGAAUUUCUCAUCGGGACCCCGGUGUUGAGACCUACGUAGACGAUGUCGCCCGUACUACUGAAUCUCCAACUUAUGCCUACAUACUAGACACCGGAAUUCGCGUGACUCACCAGGAAUUUGGAGGACGUGCUACAUUUGGAAAGAACUUCAUCAACGGGGCUCAGGAUAUUGACGACAACGGGCACGGAACUCAUACAGCUGCAACCGUCGGCGGCAACACGGUUGGAGUGAACAAUAGUACUAUGCUCAUCGGAGUGAAGGUUCUGGAUAAAGACUCGUCUGGAAGCUGGUCUGGAAUCAUUGCCGGAAUAGACUGGGCUGUGAACGAUGCUCAAACAAAGGGGAAAAUCGAUCGGUCUGUAAUCAAUAUGUCGAUAGGUGGCCCCAGAUUCCAGGCUCUAGACGACGUUGUUAAGAAUGCCGUUGCAACUGGUAUGACAUUAGUAGUAGCGGCUAGCAACUAUGGUGUCGACGCAUGCACAUACAGCCCGGCAGCAGUACCGGAAGCAAUCACGGUAGCAGCUAUUGAUCAGACGGACAAUCGACCAGACUGGUCUAACUGGGGAAGUUGUGUGGACAUAUUCGCCCCGGGAAGCGACAUCUAUUCAGCUUGGAUGGAUAGUGACUCGGAUUAUGUCGCCAUGAGCGGAACCAGUAUGGCUUGUCCUCACGUCGCCGGACUUGUGACGUACUUGAUGUCGCGAGAGUCAAUUUCAGGUGCUCAAAAGGUCACCAGUCGCCUAAUUGACCUCGGAACACGAGACAAGGUGCAGAAUGCAAACGGAAGCCCCAACAUAAUCGCAUUCAACGGCAAUGAAGCUGAACUAUAG